GACCGUGCUUUAAAAUUGCUGGCUGCUUUUCCAUCAUAUAUUAUAGUAAAUUUAGGUAACAAAAUUCCUCUUACAGUUAUUCUAAUGAUUUCCAUGUAUUACCAUCAUGUUCAUUUUAUUUAUUUUCCAUAGUAAAUUAACUUUUACUAGAUUCAUUGUAAUGAAUUAGGUACGAUUAUUACUACGCCAUAAAAGAAAGAAAGAGUUUAAUCGAUGACCAGUGGUCAUUGACCACAAUCCAAAAUAAUCGAGUGUUUACUGUUUACAUGAAAGGCUAAUCAAAUUUGACGUUUAACACAAAUACAACUGCCAAAACAAACCACGUCCGUAUUGAAGGGUUUGUAGUAAUAUGAUAGUAUUAAUUUUUACGAUGUUCAUUCAUUGAACAGAAUUAAAUUUGUAUUUUAUAACGAAAAAAAAGAAAAGAAAACAAAAAGUGUUCAUUUACAUCAAUAGAUAAAAAAAAAUUUUAUUCAAGAGAACAAUCGACGAAUAGAAUUUGUUGAUUAAAAAUGUCGAAAAUUUUUGCAUCGAUGAUGAAUAAGAACGAAACAGAAACGGAGUUUUCGUUUGUAGACAAGGAACCUUCUCCGAGUGAGCAUAGUUUUUCGAAUAUUGUUGGAAUAGUAUCUAAACAUGCAGAAUCUAGUUUACGUAUAAUGGAGGAAUAUUUGGACAAACAACAAUUAACAGAUGUAGUAUUAAUCGCAGGCAAUAAGCGUAUUCCGGCACACCGUUUGGUACUCAGUGCAGGCUCUGAAUAUUUUGCUGCUAUGUUUACUGGUUUCCUAAAAGAAUCCAAGGAAAAUGAAAUUGAAUUAGUCGACGUCGAUGGAGAUGCUUUAUCUUCGUUGGUUCGUUAUUGUUACACCGGAUGCAUAGAACUUAAAGAAGACAGCGUACAAACUCUCUUAGCAACAGCGCAUUUGUUGCAACUCCAUCCAGUUGUCAAAGCAUGUUGUAAAUUUUUAAGAAAACAACUCCAUCCGAGUAAUUGUUUAGGGAUACGCAUGUUCGCGGAUAUGCACGGUUGUUUGGAUUUACUUAAACAGGCGCAUGCAUACACAACGGAAUAUUUCAUGGAAGUUAUCAAAAAUCAAGAAUUUUUACUAUGUUCUGCUGAUCAAGUAGCUGAAUUAUUAGAAUCCAAUGAUCUCAAUGUUCCUUCUGAAGACACUAUAUUUCACGCUCUUACGGCUUGGCUUAAAUAUGACUUACCUAAUAGAAAAAAAUAUGCCAGUAGAUUGUUGAGUUUAGUUAAAUUGCCUUUAUUAUCGCCAGCAUUUAUAGCAGAUCAUAUAGAAAGUAACGAAAUCUUUAAAGAUCAAAAAUCUGCUCAAGAACUUAUAAUAGAAGCGUUAAAGUAUCAUCUUCUACCUGAACGUAGACCACUACUGCAAUCUAAUCGUACAAAACCUAGAAAAGCAACUGUUGGUGAGUUAUUAGCGGUCGGAGGAAUGGAUGCCAGCGAAGGACCAACAUUGUUGAUAUACUCGUUUUCAUUGCGAAAAAAUUCAUGGAAGUCUGUAGCCACAAUGUGGGGUAAACGUCUCCAAUUUGGUGCUGCUGUUGUUGAUAGGAAAUUAAUUAUCGCCGGCGGUAGAGAUGGUUUGAAAACUUUAAACACUGUUGAAUGUCUUGAUUUUUCUGCUCAUGUUUGGUCUACUUUACCACCUAUGAAUGUUCAUAGACAUGGAUUAGGAGUUGCAGUCUUAGGUGGACCAUUGUAUGCGGUUGGUGGUCAUGAUGGUUGGAGUUUUCUUGAUACAGUUGAAAGAUGGGAUCCAAAUACAAAACUAUGGCGUCCUAUAGCACCUAUGUCUAUACAACGUUCUACAGUUGGUGUAGCCGCAUUAAAUGACAAAUUAUACGCUGUAGGUGGUAGGGAUAUUAGUUCCUGUUUAAAUACAGUCGAGUGUUAUGAUCCUCAUACGAACAAAUGGACCGCUUGUGCUCCAAUGUCAAAACAAAGAGGUGGUGUAGGAGUAGGUGUAGUGAAUGGAUGUCUUUAUGCUCUCGGUGGCCAUGAGGCACCAGCGAGCAAUCCCAAUGCUAGUAGAUUUGAUUGUGUAGAAAGAUAUGAUCCCAAAACUGACACAUGGACAAUGGUAGCACCAAUGAGCGUAGCAAGAGAUGCGGUUGGUGUUUGCGUCCUUGGAGAUAAACUUAUGGCUGUAGGUGGAUAUGAUGGUCAACAAUACUUGACACUGGUUGAAGCAUAUGACCCACAUCUUAAUAAAUGGGAACCAGUUACACCUUUGCUGACUGGACGUGGAGGUCCUUGCGUUGUUAUAGAAAAUUCCCUAAGUGAUGUAUAAUUAAUGGUCAUAAAUGCUUACACAAAUUCUUGACUACGAACAAGUAACAUUCCUAUAAUAAUUCUAAAAAACUACCAUAUAUUAGAAUCUAUUUUAUCAUCUAUAAAGUAUUCAGUAAUUUAAUACAUUUAAUAUAUCCCAUAAUAUUUAAGAGAAUAAGAAACAUAUUAUUAUUAAACUAUAUAUGUAAGUAAAUAUUGUGAUAAAUUUUUUCUAUUAUUUUAUUUUACGAUAACUUAUAAAAAUAUUUAGAUAAAUUUUAAAAUAUAACAAACAAUUCAAAGUUUAUUUUAUAUCU